CUGGACGCACGAUCUCAUGAAUAACGACUAAAAUAUGUUCAUUUCAUCAUCUACAAAAUCAUAAACAAACCUCCAGGGAUCCGGAAAAGCAGUAUGGAGAAAACGAAGAAAUAUUGUUAUGGAUUUUGUUUAUUGAGUUCGAUAGUGAUCAAUAUAUUAUUCAGCAUAAACCUGUACGUAAGUGGAGGUGGAGGAGCUUUACAGUGGGGAGAGAAGAAGCAUGAGACUGUUUAUCGUCCGUCAUUGACUUGGAGUGAAAAAGCAGCUGCGGAGGCGGAAGCCGUCGCAGCAAUCUCAUGUUCCGGCCAUGGCAGAGCUUACCUUGAUAGUUUGAUUUCUUAUGGUCAAACUGUUUGUGAGUGCUACGAUUGUUAUGGUGGUAUUGAUUGUUCUGAAUUCUCUCCCGAUUGUUCUGCCGAUGCUGGUGGUGGGGAUCCAAUAUUUUUGGAGCCAUUUUGGAUGCAAAAUGCAGAGAAGAGUGCGAUUGUUGUAUCAGGAUGGCAUCGAAUGAGUUACAGAUACGCUGACUACACCAUGAUGUCAUCGGAGGUGGAAAAAUACAUCCGCAAAUUACAUUCCAUUGUGGGGAAUGCAAUCACUGAAGAUCGAUACUUGGUUUUUGGUAUCGGAUCAUCUCAACUCCUUAGUGCCGCUGUCUAUGCUCUUUCUUCUGAAAACUCGUCUUCACCUUCCAAUGUUGUGGCUACAAUCCCAUACUAUCCGAUGUAUGAGACUCAAACAUCUUUUUUUAAUUCGGAGGAUUUUCAAUUUGAAGGAGAUACAAACUCAUGGAAAUUAAAUAAUGCAACAAAAAACAACAUGGAUGUGAUUGAAUUUGUAACCUCACCAAACAAUCCAGAUGGGGAGUUAAAGACAUCGGUUCUUGGAGGGAAGACUAUAUACGAUCAUGCAUAUCUUUGGCCACAUUUUACACCCAUUCCAGGCCCUUCUGAUCAUGAUCUCAUGAUCUUUACUCUUUCAAAGCUCACAGGCCAUGCUGGUGUGCGUUUUGGAUGGGCGGUGAUAAAAGAUAAGGAUGUAUAUGAGAAAGUUUCAAAAUAUAUCGAAGUUGCUGAUUUAGGGAUUUCAAAGGACACCCAAUUAAGAGUUUUGAAGCUUCUAAAAGUAGUCGUUGAAGACGAUGGUACACAACUUUUCAAAUUUGCUUAUGCUAAAAUGAGAGAACGUUGGGAUAGGUUGAAUUCCGUUUUCUCAAAGUCAACAAGAUUUUCAAUCCAAGAGAGACACCCUCUCCAUUGCAAUUUCUUUAACAAAACUAGGCUACCAUCUCCUGCUUACGCUUGGGUAAAAUGUGAGCGAGAAGAAGAGGACGAUUGUGGUGCGGUAUUAGAAGCAGGAAAAAUUACAAGUCGUGGUGGAAGUACUUACAGGGCCAAAGAUCGUUAUGCCAGAUUAAGUCUUAUCAAGAGUCAAGAUGACUUUGAUUUGCUUCUGCUACGACUCACUGAGUUAGUGUCUCUUGAAAAUGGUAAAAUUGAGUCAAUUUGAAGGAUGAUAGGAAUUAAAAUUUAAAGAAAUUGAUAUAAAGGGGUUAUGCCUAUUAACCUUGUGAAAACUAAGCUUGUAGUGUCAAUGUUUGGGAAAUUUCCGUUGCCUCAAAGAUAUAAUUGGAACAUAAUUGAUUGGUUGAUUAUAAUAUGUAAAAUUCAACAUGUAUACAACAUGAAUUAAAUA